AUGGCUGCUACGUGUCGGAGUGUGAAGGGCCUGGUUUCAGUGAUAACUGGAGGAGCCUCGGGUCUAGGCUUAGCCACAGCGAUGCGACUGGUGGGGCAGGGAGCCUCUGCUAUGCUUCUGGACCUGCCCAACUCCGAUGGAGAGGCCCAGGCCAAGAAAUUAGGGAAGAGCUGUGCCUUCGCCCCAGUCGAUGUGACCUCAGAGAAGGACGUGCAAGCAGCCCUGAAUGUAGCAAAAGCAAAGUUUGGCCGUGUGGAUGUCGCAGUCAACUGCGCAAGCAUUGCCGUGGCCAUCAAGACAUACAACUUAAAGAGGGGCCAGGUCCAUAGCUUGGAGGACUUCCAACAAGUGCUCAAUGUGAAUCUCACAGGUACCUUCAAUAUGAUCCGCCUCGUGGCCCAAGAAAUGGGCCAGAAUGAACCAGACCAAGGAGGGCAACGUGGCGUCAUCAUCAAUACUGCUAGUGUUGCAGCCUUUGAUGGCCAGGUUGGACAGGCUGCAUACUCUGCUUCUAAGGGGGCCAUAGUAGGCAUGACACUGCCUAUUGCUCGGGAUCUGGCUCCCAUGGGCAUACGGGUGAUGACCAUUGCCCCAGGUCUGUUUGCCACUCCACUGCUGACUACCCUCCCAGACAAGGUGCGCAACUUCUUGACCAGCCAGGUGCCCUUCCCCAGCCGACUGGGCGACCCUACUGAGUAUGCUCAUCUGGUACAGGCCAUAAUUGAGAAUCCAUUUCUCAAUGGAGAAGUCAUUCGACUAGAUGGUGCCAUCCGAAUGCAGCCCUGA